GGAUUAUCCAAUCAGAUCGAGGACUGCAAACUAACGCUGUUAACGGAACUGUAGUUUUCUUUUUACUACGCAUCCUCCCGUCGGUCACCAUUUUGGGAGUCAAAACAGCCAGCAGGCAGCAACGGCCACCUCCACGCCUCACCGUGGCCUUACUAUGGUUCACACAUGUGUGGUGGCAGGUUGUAAGAACCGACGGACACCAGGCACCACACUGUCGUUCUACCGCUUCCCACGGGACCCAGAGAGGAAGCAGCGCUGGGUGGCUGCGGUGAACCGAGCGGGCUGGGUACCGAACGACGGCAGCCGGUUGUGCAGUACCCACUUCAUCUCAGGUAAACAAGUCAAGAAUCCACAUUCGCCCGAUUAUGUUCCUUCUGUGUUCACACCAGUUCCCUUCUUCCCAGACAUGAAGGAGCCAGGUGCCUUGGAGAUCCUGGACAAGCAGGAGGCGCGGGUCGAAGCCGCCAAUGCCCUGUUGUUCCUCCAAGGGCAGGGCAGCUCCGCGGUGGACGGGCCGAGCCAAGACGGGCGUCACGAAAAGGAGGCGCCGGAGGCUGCUGUGGAAAAAAGCGGGUCUUCUUCCUUCAGCACCGAUGAGGACGAGGAGCACGACGAAGCCUCCGAGAGAGACAGGAAGAAAGGAAAGUUUGCCCAGAUGUCCGAAAUAUCCGUAAACUUCGACGACAUCUUGAAAGCGCUGAAGAAGGAGAACAGGGCGCUCAGGGAGUCCGUGGAGAAAAUGGCUCUGUCCGAGAACGCCUUCAGGAACGACGCGGAAAAGGUCAAGUUCUACACCGGUUUGCCCAACUACUUCGUGUUAGAGACCGUGAUGUGGCUGCUGGCGCCGCACAUGGACGGCAUGAAAAACACGAAGCUGUCAAAGUUCCAGCAGCUCCUGCUGACCCUCAUGCGCCUGCGGCUGGACCUCCGCAACCAAGACCUGGGCUACCGCUUCGGGGUGAAAGUCGGCACGGUGGCCAGAACAGUACACCGCAUGGUCAACAUCAUGUCCUCCACGCUGGUGCCGACCGCCGUCUUCUGGCCGUCCAGAGCGGAGCUCCGGAAAAACCUGCCCACUGCUUUGCGCGCAACGCACCCGGACUGCGCCGUCAUCGUAGACUGCUUCACUGUACCCCUCGAGGAGCCGGCGUCGACGGGAACGGAGCAUGGACGACAAGAGACGGCCCUUCCUCGCGCCAAGGGAAUGGCGCAGAGCUACGGCUCGUUGAAGUAUCUGAUCGGCGUGGCUCCGCAAGGCGUCGUGACCUUCGUGUCGCGGGGCGCUCCGGGCAGCGUCAGCGACAAGAGCCUGGCCGAGGGUUGCGGGUUUCUGUGCAAGCUUCUCCCAGGCGACGUCGUGCUGGCCUGCCGCGACCUGGACAUCGCGGACUCCGUAGCCGCCCGCGGAGCUCUGUUCAAAAUCGCCGGCAAAGGUGAAGCUCGCGCGAGAUCGGAGGGCUUGGCGGGGCCCGACGUCGAGUCCGAGACGGUGGUCGUGCAGAGGCACGUGGAGAGGGUGAUCUCCAUGGUGAAGCAGAGGUACACCAUGCUCACAGGCCCCGUGGAGAGCCCCUUCAGCACCGCCUGCGAACGCACGUCCAACCUCUCAACCUUUGAUAAGAUUGUGCAAGUCGCUUGUGCCUUAAACAACCUGUGUAUCUCUGCUGCUCCUCUCGAGUGACUCGUACAGAAAGCAAUGCACUACUUAAUGCUGCUCUCCUAACUUUUUACUGUUUCAGACUUCCUGUCAUGUGUCGAGUAGGAAAAUUACAUUUAUUUUCACCAAAUCCCAGUUCAGUCACUCCUGAUUAUAAAGAUUAUUCUUGAUCUUGGCUCUAACAUUUGCUGACAGGUUAAGUCAAGGAACGGAAACUUUAGCUUGGCGAGUGGAGGUGGUCCGCAUGUGUUCUGUUUUUCAAACGGUGCCACCUUCAUACAUUUCAUACAGUUUAAAGUCCCUUUAAUAAAAUGCCACAGAAGGCUCAGGAGUGGACGGAGCCAGGAGUGAAGUCUUCCCUUCAUUCCCUGCUUUGGCACAACAUCACUACUGGUUUUUUUUAUUAUUAUUAUUAUUUCGUUUACAAGACACACAGUUGGCUCCUAUGAAAGUUAUGUGAUGAAAACUAGAGAAAACCGUAAUUAAAGGAACUUUUUUGUGCAGUACAUUUCAGCCACAGGGUAACGCAAGGUGCUUUACAUGAUGAAAGGAUUACAUUUUUCAAAUGCCAACAUUAGAAAUCAUUGUCUUAAAAACUGCUGUAAAGACUUCAGAUGAUCUAAGUUUUUCCAAUUAUUAUUAAUCAAGAUUUUCAUCAGAGUAGACUUGAACCAGAAGACCUGAGUGGUCUUGAAGGUUGACACAACAGCUGAUGUAUUUUGGUGCUAAUGCAUUGAAUGAAUCAGAACUAACAACAGUAUCUUAAAGUCUGUUGUCUGAGCUACAGGGAGCCAGUGUAGGGACUUUAGAGCUGGGCUGAGGGUUUUUAUGCAGACCUGUUGGGACACGUGGGCCUGUUACAAUAACACAUUUUGCUGGACGAUAAAUUGUCCCAGAAGUUACUGUGUUAAACCAUAAUAAUGUUGCUCUGAGACCAUUUUCACGUAAUGUAAAAGCAAAGACAUAAUAAUGCGAGCACACCCUGUCAAAGAUGAAAAAGACUUUAAAUUUUACACUGGAACUAGAACUAAUUUUAAAUAUAUAAAAUAAAUUAACAGAACUCCAGAAACCACAAAUAAAAUGGAUUAUGAAGUCUCUGUAAACAGAGUUGCCCUUCACUGAAGCCUUUUGUAGAAAGAGACAGAAAAACAAUCCUGCAAUUGCAAAUGAUUGAGCUUGAUUUAUUACUUAUUGUGGCAAGCCUGAAGACACUUUCACACAUCAGUUCGACUAAAAAUAAACUCGGAUGAAUUUCUAUUGAUCAUUAGUCCUUUAAUCCAAGAAAAGUCCUUUGUGUGAUGGAAGACUGACUUCAUAACUGUCUUUAUGUGUCUCUGAAGGUUCAGGUUUUGUCCAGAUUUUGAUCACUAAUUUCUAGCUUUAAUAGCUGACUCUUGAUUGGUCCAAAAACAUCCUGUUGAAAGUAAAGUUGCUACUAGUGUAGAGGAAUGUGACGAAGUCCAGCUAUUUAGCUUCCAGCUAAUAUUAGCUUCCAGUUUUACUCCACGAGGAGCAUGACUGCAAUAAGGGAUUAAUAUUCUGCAUUGCAAACACUUUUUUUUUUACUCUAUAUUUUGCUUUUAGUCUUCCGCCUCUUGUGUUCAUCUGUAGAUCAGUUUGUUAAAGCUGACACUGACACACAUUUCACACGACUAUUUGUGAUGGAGGUAGCGUUUAAUUCCAGAUUUUUCUAAGUAGCUUUAAUUGAAAAUGUAUUUUUUAACAGAUUGUCAUGAGUGUGAAACGGUUUACGCUCUUAGUUAUAAAAGUAUCGAUGUCAUUUUCGUAUCUGUAACGAGCUGAAAUGUAACAGUUCCCUUUUUUUUAUUUAUUUUUUGGCAUGUCAUCUUGCUGUAGAUGUUUGUGUUGGUGCAGUGAAGCCGUGAUAUCUUCCGUCAAGGUUUUCAUAGACGACUCGUCGUAGUCGCUCGCUGCUGCGGAGAAUGACGUGUAUCGGUUAGACCACAUGGUAAUCCCCUUAUUGAGCGCAACACUGGAAAAGAAAAGAGAACUUGGUGCAGAAUUACAGCACACUUUAAUGUCCAGCAUGUGUGUGGUCCUUCUUUGGAAAAGUGUAGCCUCAGCUGAUGAUGUUUCUGUGUCUACAUGUGCUUAUCUCAGCAUUUUCACUGAUACUGGCAGGUCAGUUUUGUAACUACAGAGAGCUUCUCUCUACGAAUGAUGGGCACAAACUAAAAUCACCCUC